AUGAACGCGCGCGCGCCGCAAAAGAAACUAAAGGCGAGCCCGUUGGCGACGGCGUCGAUGAACGCGAGCCUGCAAAAGUCGGUGAAGAAGAAACCGUCCGCGGCGUCGCCGGAAAAAUCGAAGCGGAGUAAGAAUAGCGCGGAUCUCUGCGCGCACAUCACGGAUUUGACCGCGGACGAACGGUUGCUCGUGGAGACGGGCAAGGGGCGGCGAGGCGAGCCCAUGCCCACGCCUCUCGGCUGGGCGUAUUGGACGGCGACGAGCCACGAGACGCUGCGCACGAUCGGCAACAAAAUUGGCCUCGAACCGUUGACGUUAUACAGCAUGAAUCGUUGGCACCAUAAGCUCAAGAAUUACGACAUCGAUCAAGAGUUCACCGCGAACUCCAAGCUCAGUCUCCCGGUGCCGCCGUUUGAGGACUGGGAGACGGAGUACAUCGCGGCCGACCGCACAAAGAUUUUCACGCGCCUGCUCGACCGCAUCGACGAAGUCUGGCCCGAGGUUUUGAGAAACGCCGAACCUCUGCGUUCGCUGAAGAGGGAGCAGUUGAAAACGUACCCCGACUCGGGCACGUUGUAUCGCCAGUUGCGCGAGACGUUGGACAACGCCGAAGCCGCCGCGAAAAAAUUCAACGACGGCGACGAGACUCUCCGGGACGUCCAGCAGUGUCGAAAGCAGCUCGUAACGCGUUGGCAUCGCGACGGGUUCUUGCUCCCGGACGAGAUCGCGUUCAAAGCCGACGACCAGUAG